GAACAGGACGAGCUCCAUUUUGUGAGAUCCUACGAAGCAGAGCCGAGCGUAGUCCCCGCGAAAAGGCGAAAACCAGGAACGACAGAAAAGUCAAAGUUAGCCGACGAACCGCUCGCUAACCAAGUUAUUAUCCGAAAGGAAAGCAAAUCUUAUCGUAUGUCCGCUAUCCAGAACCUCCAAACUUUUGACCCCUUUGCUGAUGCAACUAAGGGUGAUGACCGCCUCCCAGCCGGGACAGAGGACUACAUCCACAUAAGAAUCCAACAGCGGAACGGCAGGAAGACCCUCACCACUGUCCAGGGCAUCUCCGCCGACUAUGACAAGAAGAAGCUAGUCAAGGCCUUCAAGAAGAAGUUUGCCUGCAAUGGGACAGUGAUUGAGCACCCAGAGUAUGGUGAAGUGAUUCAGCUACAGGGAGACCAGCGCAAGAAUAUCUGCCAGUUCCUCAUUGAGAUUGACUUGGCCAAGGAGGAGCAGCUCAAAGUCCACGGCUUCUAGAAGCUGCAAAUCAGCCCUCUCCCCAUCUCUCCUGGAAGGCCAUUAAACUCCCCUCCCCCUCUCCUCCCCUCUUCCUAUGUGCUGCUGUUGCUCUUCCUCCCCCCUCACCCCCCUUGCUGCCCCACCAACUCCUACUAGCUAACACGUGAAUUACCUCUGACAAACAUGGGACUCUGUAACACCACCGCCUCCCUACAACACCAGGGGGCAGGCUCGCUCUCGCAAAGACACACCACUGCAGCUCCACACAACAUCAGGGAUGAGUGGUGAUGACCCUCCCACACACACACUUCCUCCUUCCUUUUCCCCCCUUGUUUAUUUCCUUUUUAAUUUUUUUUUCUUUUUAGGUUUUGUGCCACAAUAAGGAGGCACCGUUUCAUGUAACUUUUUUGUUUUGUACUUCAAGGUGUUUCAAUAAAACGAUGAGUCUCCAUAUGUUGGAGUGGAGUGGUGUCAUGGGGAAGGGGGCGGGGGCUGGGUGUGUACAGGAGGGUCACAGAUGUUAUAACUGUUUACUGCUGAAGUGGGUAAAUGUAGAAGAACAAAGGCUGCAGGUGGGAGGAUGGGAAAAGGGGUUUGCCAACAUGAGUGAUUUCCCUCUUUUCGGUCUGUUUCAACAUCCCACUGGUGGUGUUUACAUGUCCAGCUGCCUGCUCUAAGGUUACAGAGCAGAGAUUGUGUAAAGUACUGACUGUCUCCACCACCUCAUCUGGAUUAUUAAUUUUUCUGUUUAUUUAAUGGCACAUUUUUCUAAUUGUAUUUGUUUUUUUUGCUGCCAAUGCAAGUUUCCAAACUAUGUGAUCAGAUGAACCCUCUAGAGUGGGAAAUGAAAUCAGAUGCUGGUAAUCUUUGGCUCUGGUGCAGCUCUGUGGUGCUGACCUCAAGUAUGAUUCUAGAUGGAUUUACUGGUAAAUGAAGUUAGUUUCCCACUCUGGUCUUUGACCAGCCUUUGUUUGGUCUAAGAACAAAUCUGGUACCAAGCCUGUGGUUACAGACACUUGAAACUUUAAUUUCCUAUAAUGCAAUAAUUUAUAAAUACAAGUUAAGACAUAGUGAUGCUGAAGUAAUACAGUAAAAAUUAAAGCCAUGGCCAGGUCACACUGUGCUCCUGUGACUUAAGGUGAUGGAGAGCAAGUCUGUUUUGCAAAGUCCACAUUUGGUUCAAUAAAAUUUCUGCAGUUGAUAA